UAGUCUACCUACUGGUACCUAUUUAUGCUGUUCUGCGCUCCUUCUUUCCCCUCCAUCAGCGGACCCAUCCCCCCUCAUUUCGCACCCACCUCUACCAUAAUAUCUACCCCCUCUAAACAAAAAAAAAACUAUACGACCUACCUAAUCAUCAACCUUGAAGAAUUUGACUUCUAGAGUGCGGAGCACAAGCAAUCUUUAUCAGAAAGCCCUUACCCAUCGACACAAGCCGCAACCAUGGCUGGCGUCAAGUCGUACCCCGGUACCGUUCUACUCGGGCUUGUCGUGCUCUUCCUGUUUGCACGGCCCACGCUUGCCUUUGGUGCCGGUAACAUUGCUGGGAUCUCCAAGGUGGAGGGCCAGAACUGGCGCCAUGGCGAUAUCGAGGAUGCUCUUCUCAAGAUCCUGAUGGCUCGUGCUGUCGGCGGCAAGAAGUUUGACAAGAUCAUGGUCUCGCGUGUCUACUUUGGCAACUGGCUUCGCGAUUACUCCCAGGCGAUUGACGUGGGCACGGUCAAGAGCGUCUCGGCCGAGGCCAUCCGUCUGCUGCUCUGCGUGCUCGGCUUCUUGACCUUUGGCUAUGGAAGCCGCGAGUUCGAGGUCACGGCGGACCGCCUGGGCUGCUACCGCCCUGAGGACCACAUCGACAACCCCAAGAACUACGCCGACAACGAAGAUGCCACAAACUACGACAGACGUCUGCGCGGCCCUGUCGACGAGCGCGUCGAGUUGGCCAUCGACCCGGAAACGGGCAUGAAGACCUACAUCGCGAGUACUUCCAUCGAGCAGCGCAGAUACAUGACCUCGGCCCUGCAUGUGCGCCGCCUGUUCACCGAGUGCAUAAGGCUUGGCCGUUCCUAUUCGCGUUCCAAGAACAACACCGAAUUAUACGAGGCCUUGCGUCUCUUGGGCACCGGGCUCCACUGUCUCGAGGAUUACCUCGCUCACAGCAACUACGUCGAGCUUGCCCUGAUUGAGCUGGGAGAACGCGACAUUUUCCCUCAUGUCGGCCGCGACACCAAGAUGAGGCUGCAGGGAGCCCGUAACGAGGUUUACCCAGUUGUUACUGGUACAUUUGGAGGCGUUGAUUUCCUGCACUCAGUCACGGGCGAAGUGUCCGACAAGAUGACCCAGAGUGAGAUCCAGGACCUGGAAGGAACUCUUCAGGAAAGCCAAAAUUCCGACACCAGCAUCCUGCGCAAUCUUCUUGACAAGAUCCCCGACGGCUUGUUCGGUGGUGACAACAAGAAGCAGAAGAUGGAAGAGAUCCAAAACAACGCAAAUGCAGCACAGAUGAGCAACACCAAAGUCUCACCGCGCAACCCCGAGGAAUUCACCCAGUAUAUCGGGGAUGUCUUCAAGCAGAUCAUGCCUGCCAUUGAGUUCCAUGACGACCUGCUCCAAACCAUUUCGAAGGCUAUCGAGAAGAUUCCCGUUUUGCCCAAGAUCAUCGAGCAACUUGAGGAACAACUCUCCGUCUUUGUCUUCUCCAUUAUUGCCCCCUUCCUCGUCCCCGUGAUUGAUCAGAUCAAGAACGAGCUGGCGACGGGCGCAACUGAGAUUAUUGAGAGCAGCAAGAAUGAGCAACUCAAUGUGUUCCAUGAUGACCGCUCGACGGACCCAACACAUUCCAUGCUGUCCAAGGACCACUUCUCAAACAUUCUCAACGAAAUUGCUGGCCAAACCGCCUCCAAGGUUGUCUCCUGGGUUGUACCUCAACUCAUGGAGGCCUGGGAUGACCACAACACGGAUGUCGAUCGCCUGUUGAACAAGAUCAUCUACGGAGUGCUGCACCACCCGGCCCAGCGACACAUGGGACAGGAUGGAGCCAAUGAGGGCCGUGACAUCAUGUUUAGAUCUGUUGAGGAGUGGUGGGGGCAGAUGGACGAAGGUCAGAAGCAGGAGUAUCGCCAGAAGCUGGGCCGCCGAGGAGUUGAGCGGGGCGAGAACCACAAGGAAGGCGUCCACGAUACCGGCCACGGCUGCGGUAAGAAGCUUGGCAUGCACAAGAACUACUCGGGAGGGGAACAGACCAUGGAAGACCGAAUUGCCGGAGCGGCCGUUGGUGCCAUUAUGGGAGGCGUCAAGUCUGGAUUCUCGAAUCUUGAGCAAAGCGCCGGCUUGGGUAACUUGGGCGGCGGUGGUGGUGGCCACUCCGGCGGUUACUCUGGUGGCGGCAGACAAGAUAGCUCUGGAGGCGGCCUAGGGGGCUUCCUCGGCGGCGCUACUGCCGGCGGUGGCAUCGGCGGCAUUCUUGGUGGGGUCUUCAAGAACAGGGAGACGGACACGUACAGUUCCCGUGAGCAGACCGAGGACGGCGGUUACUCCGAGACUACUACUGAGUACGGCCGCCAGGGUGGCCAAUACGGCCAAGCCGAGUACACGGAGACGCAGUACCCCGGCGGAGGGGAGCGGACCGAAUACCGUCGCUAUGAGCAGGACGAGGGCGGCCGCGGGGAGUACUCGGGUUAUGAAGAGCGUACAGAAACGUCGGGCUGGGAGGGCGGCCGCCAAGAAUAUCGCCAGGAAGAGACCAGCUGGGGCGGCGAGAGUCGCCGUGAGGAGCGUGAGGAGUACCCGCAGGAGCAAGAGGAAAGCUCCGGAGGUUUCUUUGGCGGCGGCGGCGGCGGCGGCUUCCUCGACAAUCUUACCCGACAGGCGUCGGAGGCGUUCGAGAGCCAAGAGUACGAGGAGCCCCCCCGUGAGGAGGAAAGCCGGGGCUGGGGCUUCUAAGAGACUCUGGGUGUGUCCGCAUAUUUGAUCUGCAGAAGCAGCAUAUAUGCGACAUUAAGUAGUGGACGCGCGUGAUGGCCAAAAGUUUCUUUAUGUACCUUGAGAUUGGAUUCCGGAUAUCUGUGGUCGAGAGAGGCGGGAUUUGAUUAGUUGACUACUAGGUAGCUACACGUAGAGGCUGCGUCCCUCGACGAAACCCAAUUCGAGUUUUUCCAACCUUUCUCUUUCUCUCCGUCUUUCAGGUCCAGAAGACAACGCGGUGAUUAAGUAUGAUUGGAGCACUAUUUAGGCCCGCCUAUUCCUCCAUCCCCAGGCAAUCUUGCUAAUUUGAGGGAGUCUAGCAGAGAGGGGGCAUGGGACAUAUAGCAUGCUGCUAGACUUGUGAUUCCCGUCUCCCUACACAGUUGUUGAUCGCCCCCUGCCCCCCAGACAUUGUGUUUUAUUAUAUGGAUUCCUUAUAUAACUACCC